AUGGGGGACUCCCUCCUCAUAUUCUUCGGUCCCGUCCUCCUCCCACGCCUUAUUAAUGCCUAUCGAAGUCUGCGAGUCUCCAUCGCAAGUCGUCCACCGCCCCGACCCCUCCCUGCUGCCCCAGGCCGGGCCCUGAACAUCCUCUUCGGAGGCAUUGUCUUCUUCCUCCUCCUCAGUCUCCCAUUCAACCCUCACGCUCCCGAACCCAACAUCUUCGCGCUCACCCGAUCUCGCUUGAACACGCCCACCGAUGUCAUCUUCAACCGUCUGGCGCGGUUCCGCCCCGACAACCUCCUCUCCCACACCGACAACCUCCUCCAGUCCAAGCUGACUUCCCUCGGCGCGCGACGUGUCUACCUCACCUUCGGACCAGACGCUCUGGUCUCGUGCCAAUUCUGCUCCUAUGACGACCUCACCACCUAUUUAAUGUACUACCUGCCCUUCCAUGUGCUCCUCCCGCAUCUGGGGCAUUUGAUGCUCCUCGGCAUCGCAACCUCCGCCCCUAUCGCAGGCCGCGAAGCCGCCCGCUGGCGCAUGAAGUUCACCUUGGCAGGCCUCGCUCUCGCCGCUAUCGAUGUCUACAUCAUCGCCACCUACGACGCGAUCAACGGCGCGCCCCUGUCUGUUCGCGCAGGCCAGAAACCUCCGACCAGUCUCUACAAUCAGAUUACGCUACUGCGGCCGCUGGCGAUCGUGGUCUGUGAUGUGAUCUGUGCGGCCAUCAUUUGGCUCUCCGCAACUAACCGCUUCUUCUUCAAGCCGCCGGCUGUGGGGGAGCAGAUCGAUGGUGCGAUUGAUAUGGUGGUGAAGUCAUUGAAGGAUACCACUACGAAACUGCAUGCGAGCAGUGUGACGCGCAAUGCGGUGGUGCGGGACAAGGAGCUGAAAAAUCGGGAUGAUUUGUAUUGGCGGACGAUGGCGGCCUCGGAGAGCCCCACCGGCGAGACCGGGGAAGGCCAGAUCCUCAACAAUAUCUGGGAGGAGGAAGAAGUUGCUCGAGCCAUGUCGCGGGCCAUGGCGGGUCAAGGGGGAAUUGAUUUGGCUCAGCUGGGCGUGAACGCCAAUGACUUUGUCCAAGGGGUGACGGAGGGUCUGUAA